GUUUGCUAAAGAAGCUGCGACAACAACAUGUAUUUUCAUACCUGCAGGUUUUGCUAGAGAAGUCAUAGCUGCAACAUAUGAACUCAUUGUUGCUGUAUUUAAUAUCUCAUUUGCUAAAUUUUCAACUACUAGUAUAGAUAACAUCUCUUUUGCAUUAUUAAUUCCCACUUUAGAUAAAUUAGAUGUACUGUUUUCUGUAAUGUAA